GCCCGGAGGACGCCUGAUAUUCUUUGAGCUUGGAAGAAUGUUGGACUCUGUACGGGUUGUUACCUCAAGCGAUGGAACGAAGAUCUGCACCUACUCCGCCGGCGACCCUUCUCGUCCUGCUGUUGUUCUCAUUCCCGGGUUCUGCUGCACGGCCCUCGCCUUCGAAAAGCAGUUGCGUGACCCAGAACUGACGGCUCAUCUUUAUCUGAUCGCGUACGACCCUCGUGGUCACGGUCGAAGCGGUGCGCCGUCUGACGAGGCUGCAUAUGUCUCACAGCGACAUGCAGAAGACUUCAAGGCCAUCCAUGACGCAUACGGUCUGGAGAAACCCGUCGUGUUUGGUUGGAGUCUUGGAGCCAUCGUUCCGGCUGAUAUUGUGAAAUACUACGGCGCGGACAUAAUCGCAGGCGUGAUCGUGGCCGCAGGGCUUCCGUACAUCAGCAUGCACCCCGAGGUUGUACAUCCUGUCAUAGUGAACACUGUUGCCCCCUACAUUUUGAGCGAAGAAGUGGACUCUUUCUCCAAGGGAUGCGUUGCGUUCGUCGAGUCCUGUUUUGCGGACCCAGAGCGCGAUUUGCCGUACGACACUAAGCUCGCGUGGAUGGGUGCCAUCGCGGGCAUGAACCCCGUCGCGCGGCGGUACCUCAUCACCCGCACCCAAGACGAGACGGCGCUUCUGGCGGCAAGCGACAAGCUCCCGUAUCUCGUACUGCAUGGUGACAAGGACCAACACCUCAUAUGGGAAAAGGUUCAGCAAUCCAUGAAGGCGCGGUUCAACAAAUCCGAGUUCGUGUUGAUGCGAGGUGCGGGACAUGCGUUAUUUUAUGAACGACCGGAGGAGGUGAACAAGGCGAUUCUGGAGUUUGUAAGUAAGUUCUAGCUUGUAGCUAUCCUGACAUCGCAUUGUCGCCCUGUGCUUCAUAGUAAUAAGUGGCAGUGGAUUCGAUUCAGUACAGUACAAAUCGUCUGAAG